AUGGGUCCAUUCGGAGUAGACAGAGCUGUUCAUUCCAUGGAGUUCACUGACUGUGAGAAUGGCCUGGGGAUCAAAGUGAUUGGUGGAGUGAAGGAGCAAACCGGAGAGGAGUUUGGAGUCUACGUCAAACGGAUCCUACCGGGAGGCGUUGCAUCCUACGACGGAAACCUGUUGCCGGGAGACCAGAUCUUGGAAGUGAACGGGGACAGUCUUGUAGGAGUCACAAAUGACAGAGCUGUGGACGUCUUGAGAGCAGCCUCCGCAACCAAUCACAUGCGCCUUCUCAUAGCCAGAGACGAGGAAGCAAAGAGAGAGUUCGCUGAGCUGCUGGAGAAGUAUGGCUCUAAUGGAAGCACAGGAUCAACACGCAACUCCCCCAUACAGCAAGCCACGCUGACAUGUCAGAAAUUCCCCCAGACGUCCGAGGGCCGGUCAGGAGGAGCUGAUGGGGCCGGCUCUCGCCCCCCCCUGUACUCUGCAGCACGGCACAUGGCGACGGACCAAGCUGAAAUUCAGUCCGACCCUAAAACCAAUCAUGCGGCUCAAGAACCUGGAGGCCGCUACCUGGAGAGCACUUCCUCUGGCUCCUCGUCUCGCUCCCAGAGUCCUUUGCUGCUGAGCCCAGCUGGCACUCAGAACAUGUACAACAGCAGCGGGCCCAUGUUGCGCUCCCUCAGUCAUCCAGGUGAAGGAGUGAUCCAGCUCAUCUCAGUGGCGCGAUCCAGCAGUUUGGGCAUCACCAUCGGGGGAGGCUCCAACAAACCUGACGGCCCCGCAGUCUUCAUCCAGGAGGUGCUGUCGGGGGGAGACUGUCACCGGGAUGGACGUCUGCGGCCUGGAGAUCAGCUCAUUGCUGUGAACAAGGAGUCCUUGAUAGGUGUGACCCACGAGGAGGCAAAGAGCAUGCUGAACAAAGUCAAAUCCAGCCCAGACAGUGCUGUGGAGAUCGCCUUCAUCCCAGGGAAAGGACUUUUUCCGAGCAGCGCGUCUCUCCACAACGGGGUGCAGCGGGCUGCAGGCAACAGCUACAACUCCGGACGCUUAAAAGUCCACAUCAGAUCUCCUGAGAUGUGUGCAGAGGAGCCAGCCCCGGUGUCCUCUCCGUCCCCAGACAUCUGCCCUCCAGAUAUUCAUAUUUCAGGUUCCACAAGUCAGAGUUCGCCAACGGGGGCCAAACCUAAGAUAACACUGGACCCCUACAUACGCCUCAAAUCAGACAAGUUAGACUUGGCUUUGACCUUCCUCGGUUUGGACGUCACAGAAGAAAAGAGGAAGAAACUGAGACAAAGCCUGACCGCAGACCCACAAGGCACUGUGGCCUAUGGAGACUUCGUGGAGGCUACCCGGAACAUCUUCCAGGAGAACCUGGAGGAGCUGGGUUUAGGGGCGGAUCCCUUCAUGUUCUCCUAUCAUGAAGCAGCGAGUUUGAUGGACACGUCCGCCUUCCACUCCCCCACGUAUGAAUCAGAAUGCAGCUACAGCAGUGAGGAGAUGGAGCAGUUUCAGACGGAGGUGAAGCAGCUCCACACCCAGAUGAAGCAGCUCAAGCUGAUGCUGAAGGACAUGGAGCACAGCAAGAAGACUCUGGAGGAGGAGCUGCAGAAGACCUCGGAGAAAGCAGGUCUGACUGUGGAGGAGAACGCCCGUCUGAAGAGCCGCCUGCAGGCAGCCGAGGCAGAGGCCGGGCAGCGGCUGGGGGGGCAGGCGGGGGGGCAGCGACAGCCCAGCAGCGCCGAGCAGGACUACGAGGAGGUGAUCCAGCUGCUGGAGGCUGAGAUCAGAGACCUGAAGAACCAGGUGGCCAGCAAGAGGCCAGCCCGGGGCCUGGACUCCACUAAGGAGGAUGUGCAGGAGCUCAACUGGAGGAUGACUUCUAUCGACGGCCAGCUGAGGAAGUCUGAGCUGAGCAGGAAACACCUGGAGGUCUCCAACAAGAAGCUGCUGGGCUUCGCUGAGAACGUCCACAAAGUGCUGACCACACCCAGCCUGUUCGGUGGAGAAGGCGGGAGCAGCAGGUCCUCUCCAGCCACCGACACCCCCUCCCCCCUCCCUGACCCCGCCUUCCAACUGGCUGUGGAGGCCAAGGAGCUGGUGGCAGGAGUCAGCACCCCCCCUGAUGAGCGAGUCAGUGUGUUGGAGGCAGCAUCAGUCCCAGAUGCCCCCCCCUCCUCACGUUUGAGAACAGCGCAGAGCCAGAGAGGAUUGUGGGAGGACCGGGGCAGGCUGAACCCACCAUGGACUACAUUACCCAGCAGACUGGACCCCUCCACCACACCUCCAUCACCAGGUCCUCCUCUGACAGAUGGAACACAGCCCAUGUUUAAUGCCAAAGCCUGCCUGCACUGAAAAUGAGUGUCUUGUUUUGAAAUAUACACCCGUCUUUACAGAGGGUUCAGCAGCGGGGGGGCACUCUCUUCAUUUCUUCAUAAUAUCUGUACAGAAGUCUCUAUGAGAAGUGCUCUGCCAAAUAUAACGUCAGCUGGAUAUCUGUGUGACUCUAACAGCAGGUGGUGUUGGGGGGGCUGCAUGUCCGAGCCCACAACACACACAUGCUGCUGUAAACCCUGUUAAUACCCCCCCCCCCCAGAUUCCCUCCAUGGAUUGCAUGUAAAGGACGUGUUAGCUUGAAAGGACGCUCCACUGCUGGUCUGUUCAAAGAGUCUCCCUCAUGUCAUGAUACCUGGCUGCAUCUGUCUCCAUCACACUACCGGUGAGCAAAAAGUGAAAUACAACAGUCCCUUUCCCAUCUUCCCUCGUGUCCUUGUCAUUAAAGAAAGGUAAAGAAUGUGUCAGAGAUAUGGGACUGAGCAGAGCUUCAUACUGCAUGGUUCCUGAUGUGUGUGAGCUCCGGCUGUGUAAACCUGUGUUUGGUCGUCACAGAGUCUCAGCAGACAUCAUAGGCUACACGUGGAACAUACAUGUGAUUUAUAAGGACAGCUUUUAAAAAUACGGAGCUGUCCUGUAUUCAACAAGAUGAGUCUCUGAUGUGUGCCUCAUAUCUUUCUGUUACUGUUUUAUAAUAAAGGACCAACUGCUGA